AUUGGUCCUGGGUCGGACAUCCAUGUGUCGUCAGUGGCUUCAGCUAGUUAGGUUACAGAGCAUACUGUCAAAUAGUUGCAAACAUUAGUUACAUUUACAUUGUUUCUGCUUUGAGUUUUGUAACAGUAGCCCUGCCGCCAUGAUGGACUCCCUGCUCUCCAGGCUUUUCUCCUCGGAAAAGGAGGAGCUGUACAUUUUAGACUGCAUGGCUUACUGUAUGGUUUUCAUGGCAGCCUGCACUUUUGUUACUCUGCUUUUCGAAAAUGUCCCGUACGGCCGAUAUGCUACCAGCAAAUAUGGAUUCCCAGUUAAUGCCAGGUUUGCGUGGUUCGUCCAGGAGCUGCCUGCGUUCCUGGUGCCAGUGUGCCUGCUGGUAUGGACAUCCUGUGCAAAGACCUCGCUGCUGUCCAACCAGCUGCUCAUUGCUAUGUAUUUCUGCCACUAUGUUCAGAGAUCCCUCAUCUAUCCAUUUCUAAUCAGAGGAGGUAAAGCAACACCAUUCGCCUCAUUUGCCCUGGCCAUUGUUUUCUGCAUCUAUAAUGGCUACAUGCAGAUCAGGUACCUGAGCCAUUAUGCUGAGUACCCUGCAUACUGGGUUACACAUCCAUGCUUCAUCGCAGGGUCUGUUCUGUGGUUGGUCGGUUGGCUGGUGAAUGUGCACUCUGACCACAUCCUGAGAAACCUGAGAAAGCCCGGAGAGACUGGUUACAAGAUUCCCACAGGCGGAAUGUUUGAGUAUGUGUCUGGAGCCAACUUCUUAGGAGAGAUAACAGAGUGGGCAGGCUUCGCUCUGGCUGGCCACUCUGUUCACAGUUCAGCUUUCGCCAUCUUUACCGCAGUGGUCCUCGCCAGCAGGGCUGUGGCCCACCACAAAUGGUAUCUCGCUAAGUUUGAAGACUACCCGAAAAGUAGGAAGGCCCUGAUUCCCUUUCUGUUCUAAAAACACUGUGGGUACUGGAAGCCUAAAAAUGUGCUGGUUCUUACACAAGAUUCCCAUCAUCCUUUUUUAUAAUUUAGGACAGCUCUGAUGUCAGAACAGGACAAAUGAAACACAGGUUGCACGCUUGUAAACAAUCUCAUCUGAGCUGCAAGCAAGCCACAGUAAAAAGCCAUCAUCCUCAGAAGAUUUUUACUCAUUACCUUUGGAAUAAUGUCCAUGAAGCACAAAGUAACCUCAACAGCCGGGAACUGAAUGUACUGGAAGAGUUGUGUUUGCCGGAGAGGCAACUUUUAGCACUCCUCUGGAGGAAAUAAGAUAGUGAAUGGAGCAUACCUCAACACUAAUACAGUGGAUUUAUAACACUCUUCUGCAGCAAUAAACAGUUUUAAGACCCUACGCUGAUCUGCAUAUCCUCCCAGAUGGAACAUAAACUUGGAAAUGCAAAGCAGACAUUUAAACUUUUCAUUCAUUCUCAAGAGUCAUCGGUUGCAAAUGCAUCUUUUUAUCUUCCAUUUAAACGCAUUAGAUAAAAGGGGGACCCUGAAUUGAGUCCUGUCUCAUUUUGCCGUGGGUGUCAUCAGAAAGACUUUUCUACUUCAUCUGAAACUCCUGAAACAGAAACCACUUGAGAACAAACGGUAACUGCAUCUGUCCUGUAAAGACAGAGACUGUAGCAGGCCGGUUCCACAGCUACUGGGCUGCAGGGAAAUCAAAUGGAGAUGAAGCACGGCCCUCAAGAACUCAGCCAUGCCUGAAAUGAGAAGAAGAGAGCGUUGCCUCAGCACAUCACCCCUGGCAGGGUGUCUGAGAAAGAGAGAAGUGAAGGAAUGAAAGGGAAAAGUAUUGUAGAGCAUGUUGAGCAUAAAUGACAGUGAAUAGACGAGGCUGCAUGUGAUUGAAUGAAAGACAGCAAAGGGAAGAAAAAGGAACAUCGGUAUCGAUUCAUAAUCACUUCAACCAUGAGCUAAAUAAUCUUAUUAGUGUUCUGACUUUUUUGAGAAUCGUGUCUUACUUUGUAAUAAUAUGAUCUGCCUUUUCAAUGUUUUCAGUAUGUUUUCACAAAGUGGGCUUAGUUGGUGGGAUUACCUCAUCACUUUUUCACAACUUAAGUUCAAAUGCAAGUGAAAAAGACAUUGGCUGACAACACAGGUUGCACUGAACUUUAUACUGAAGCUUUCCACAAGGAGAGCACAGAAAGUGCCAGCUUUGUAUAGCUUCUAUCCCUCUCCCAGUCGCAGCCAAGGUGACAUCAUUAUGAAUUUUCCAAAUGUGUUGUAUUUAAAAUAAAUGUAUUUUGUCAUUGAUUUUACACAUGGUUUCAUCAAUAAAUAAUAGAACCACUAUGUCUGAGUGUGAUAAAAAAGCUGAAGACGAUGCAAAGUGACAUCCUUCAUGUUCAAGGUCUCCACUGUCUCUCCCCCUUUUUUUUCCAGACUAUUUCCUCUGUGUAUCCUCUUCUUCUGUAUCCAUCUUCUUGUAAUUGCAUCAUAUAUUACACAGCCAGUAUUUACUGGGCCUGCCAUCUGACCUUAAUAUCAUUCAUCUUCAGGCAGACACCAUUGGAUUUUCUUUUUAUAUGCAAAGCAUUCAAAUGAACUGGCUUUUAAUUUUCCAACUCCCAGAUUUAUUCACACAGCCUGGAGAUACCACCUAUAGGAGAGAAGCAGCAGUUUAGACCUGCAAUGAUGCCUCCUACAGACAAAGAUAGGAAUAGGUGCUUUAAUUUUAACACUUGUGCCACCUGCAGAGUGUUACAGUGGUAUUUUUUUUUAAUGUCACAUACUGUAUGUGUGUGUGUUGAUGACGUUUUAAGAAUUCAGGUUGUGUCUAUAAAACAAAUGUUAGCUUUAUAAGAUUUUGUAGAUUAAAGCACCAGUGUGUAUGAUGUAUCAUUGCACACCUUCCUUAACGCCAAAACAACGUAAAAGAUGUAACGAAUCAGACACGAUACGAAAGAGUACUUUUAUAGUUUGAGUACAUUUCGGAGCCUGUACUUUUUCAUUUUACUUGACUAAACAAGUUAAAUCAAUGCUUCUGCUUUAGUGAAGAAUGUGUGUACUUUUGCCACCUCUGCACACUGGACCUUUAAUACAUUUUGUUAAAACGUGUAUGUGUGUAUGCCAGUUUUUUUAAGGAAAUAUUCACCAUAAGGCUUUAUAUUCUGGCCAUAAACAACGAUUAUGUAAGUUAUUUGAAAUCCACAUUAAAAAAGCAAGAGAUUGAUUCAUCCAGGUGUUGUUUUAGCUGAGGUUGUUGCUGAUUUCAUGAUUUGUAUUUAUACAAAGUAUUUGUACUGUUAGCAUUUAUAGACCACUAUGUGUUGUAAUAUUAUUUAUGUGUGUCUGUGUCCCUGGUUGUUUUGACUUGUUCUUGUUUUGUGUUGCUGUUCUGUCUUGGCCAGGACUCCCUUGAAAAAGAG